AGUUGCAUAUCCACGGAAGAAGAAAUGGCUGACGCUCUUAUCAGUUCCACAGUUAAGGUCACCCUGGAAAGGGCACUGUCUCUUGCCUCUGAUAGGAUUGGUAUGUUAGUUGGGUUCAAGAAGGAUGUGGCCAGUAUGACACGUUCUCUCCGGCUGAUCAAUGCUGUCUUGGCCGAUGCUGAAGCAAAGCAAAACCAGGACGGAGCGGUGCAAGCAUGGUUGGAGUGUCUCGAGGAGGUUGCUUAUGAUGCUACAAAUGUGUUGGAUGAGCUCAAAUAUGAAUCUCUCCGCCACAAGGUGGAGUCCCGAAACCGACACAAGCUCAAGGAAGUAGAGCAAACAAGUGCUAAAAAGGAGACUUUAUUGAUAAAAACACUCCACACAUGGGAAGUUCUAAAAAGAAAUACAAGCCUGGCUCCACAGGAUGCUACAAAAAGGGGAUUUCCUAUCUUUAUGCUGAAAAGGGUGGACUUGUACUAG